GCUGAUGUUUAUUACCAGAAGUUGUGUGUUUUCAAUCUUUCAAGUGUUUUAGCUUUCAAUUCAUUUGUGUUCUCUCAAUCUUUCAAAGAAAUCAAUAACCAAAAAUGGCUGACAACACCCAGAAGAUGAGCUACCAUGCUGGCGAGGCCAAAGGCCAAGCUCAGGAGAAGGCCAGUAACUUGAUGGACAGAGCUGACAAUGCUGCUCAAUCUGCAAAGGAAUCAGUGCAAGAGGCUGGUCAGCAGGUGAGGGAAAAGUCACAGGGAGCUGUUGAAGGAGUAAAGAAUGCAACUGGCAUGAACAAGUGAAGCUGGAUCGAUGGAGUCCAAUGAUCGUCUAUUGCAUGAAAUUUAGAAAUUGAAUGCAAUUUUCAUCUAUCAAGCAGUUGUUUUUGUUUUUUUGUUUCUGUCUUUCCUUUUGUAUAAAGAAGAGAGCUCUCUGAUCUGCAGUUCUCUCGUAAGUUUGUAGGCACAUGCAUGUUUUGCCCUUAAUUAUUAGAAAAAUUUUACUUUCAGUUCA